AUGGACGACGAUACGCGGAGGGAGGAGGAGAGGCGGGUGACGACCGUGACGACCGAAGUGAAGUGGUGGAAGAAGAGGGCAAGAUUACCCCCAUUUGUUCCAGCUCAUAAUUUUAGGGUGGAGACCCCGCCGGUUGGCCUCUGCUCAGCGGCGUGGAUUCCAGUUCCAGGCCCAGCGGGUCCAGCGGGUCCUCCCCUGGCUCCAACAACCGAAGGUCCGGAAUUACCAGUAUCUACUCCGAUGAUGCCGUUUAACAUUCCGGCUGCAGCUCCAGCUAACUCCAACUCCGGCGGCGGAGGCGGCACCACCAGUUUGAGAACCCUCAAUAUUGGUGUUUUCAUCGCCAUCAUCAUCUUUUAUUAAUUAUGAGCUUAUAAAUAGGCAUUUGUAUAUUUUUUCCCCCACGCGCACGUGACUUCCUAGAUAUAUAGGAGGACCCACUUAAUACGA